CCGAAAGAGAGGAGGCGGGGCCAGGAUGAGAGGAGGCGGGGCCAGGAGGAGAAGAAGGAGGGAGUUACGGUGAAGAGGACAUGGAGUGGCGGGAAAAGGCGAUGGAAUAAAAAACAUUACUGUCUGUUCUGUCGCCGGCCUCAGGUGAAGAUCGCUCGCCACCUGCUCAGGAAACAUGCCGACCAACAGGAAGUGGUCGCUGCGAGCACGUUGCCGACCGGCUCUAAAGAACGCCACCUGCUGCUGGAACAGCUGCGCUGCAAGGGCAACUACCUUCAUAAUAUAGAGGUCAUCAGACAGGGCAGUGGUGAGAUCAUUCCGUGCCGGCAGCCUUCGGAGGACGUGGAUGCGAGGAACUACCUCCCGUGCCCGCUUUGCCUCGGCUUCUUUCUGCGCGCCGAUCUUUGGAAACAUCAGGCGUCCUGCCGCAGGAAGUUAACCUCUGACCUCUCCAGAGACACCGCCUCUUACCUCACCCCAGAGACCACCUCUGACCCUAUGAAGGACUCGACCUCUGACCCCAUUAAAGAGGCGGACUCAGACCGGGUCUCGGCCUCUGACCCUGUUAAGGACACGACCUUUGACCCCACAGAUGAGGCCUGUGAUACGGCGGGUGAAAGGAACGCUGAGUGUUUGGAGGACACGCCUCCGGACUCUUCGGGAGACUUGUCCACAACCGACCAGACCGUGACCAAACGACCCCUGACCUCUGACCCCGGGGCUGAGCAGAACGUGACCUCAGACCUCAGCGCACAGCAGAGUGAGACCUCGGACCCCGGGGCAGAGCAGCCCAGGAAGCGCUACAGGGUCCAAGCUGCGGCAUCCCGCCUCUUGCCCAUCUCUAGUGGGGCGUCGGAGAGCUGCAGCGAAGUCCUGCACCGCAUGAACCAGGACCUCGUCUCACAUCAGGUCAAAUCUGAUUGGUUGAUCUGUAAAUACGGCAACAAGCUGAUGGGGAACCAGGAUGGCAGCCAGAGGAAGUAUGGCUACGUUAGCCAGAAGCUGCGGGAGCUUGGCAGGUUCCUGCUGGCUGCUAAGUCCCUGGACUCGGGUAUCGAGACUCUCCAGGACCUCCUGGCACCGGGUCGCCUCAGUCUGGCGUUGGCUGCUGCCAGGAAGGCAUCCGGUUACCGUUGGAGCCGUCCCCCACUGGCAGUAAAGACCACACUGAAAACAGUAUGUGAGAUUGCCAUCGGUGAGAGUCUGCAGGACGGUGACUGGGAGGCUGCGGCCAAGACCACUGACUUCUACCACCUGCUGGGGAGGGACUGGGACAACCUGGGACUGCUGACUCCUGACCCUGACACAGCGGCGCCGGUUGGAGAAGCAAAGCUGAAGAAACGAUCCGUCCAAUCAAGAAGUGAGAAGGAGGUUAAGACGUCUGGUCAGGAGCACACUGACCUGAGACCAAAGAUUCCGUCAAAGACCAGUAUCAGACCGGUGGAGUCCAGACUGCAGCCUCCCCUCACAGUCCCUGUGGCGCCCAGGAAGGUCCACCGGCGCCCCUGGUCUUCUGCAGAGAAAGAGGCAGUGUGGAGACAGCUAGGAGUCCAUGUGCUGGUCCAGUCAGUACCAGGGAAGGAGGUCUGUCAGCGAUGUCUGGACUUGGAGCCAGUCCUCAGAGGACGACACUGGAAAGAUAUCAAGAACCAGGUCCACAACCAGAUCCAGAGCCAAAAGAAGCAGCAGUUCCAUGCUCAGAUGGACCUUCAGGAGAACCAGGAUCAACAAGACCAGAUCCAAAACCAGAAGAAGCAGCAGCAACAGCUAUAUGAGGCCCAGAUGAAUCAGCAGACCAAAGACCACACCCAGAACCAGAAGAAACAGCAGUACCAUAUUCCAAUGGACCACCAGGACCAGGACCACACCCAGAGCCAGAAGAAACAGCAGUACCCUGAUCAGAUGGAUCACCAAGACCAGAACCACAUUCAGAACCACAAGAAACAUCAGUAUCCAUCCCAGAUGGACCAACAAGACCACAUUCAAAUCCACAAGAAGCAGCUGUGCCAUGCUAGAGUGGACCACCAGGACCACAUCCAGGUACACAAGAAGCAGUUGUACCAAAUGGACCAGCAGAACCAAGGACUGCAGACUACCCUGGAUCGGGACACAUCUUUACUGACAGGGACCUCUUAUGGGUCUGAUGGGCCACAUCGAGCCCCUGGACAGUCACUGAUGGACCGGGAUCACAUCAGUCCAUACGCACUUCCCCAUAGGGCCCCAGGGCCCCACAUGGACCAGCUGCUGUCUAGGACUGUGUGGACAGACGAGUCCUUGGUCCAGAACUACCCAACCAGCAGGCAGCUGACCAGGAGCCUCCUCCAGGAUACGGCCCCAGGAGGACCCCCACCCAACCCGCACUCUGGGCACAUCCACUUCUGAAUGACGGGUCCAGUUCUCACAGGUGGGUCUGGACCUGAGCACCGGACAUGUGGUCCAGACCCUGUC